AUGGGGGACGAUGGAGAGAAGCUGCUCGCAAUUGUCGAUGAUAUACGCAAAAUUGACUCUCUCCGAAACGAGGAGCUUCAUAUCCCUCAGAUCGUAGUUGUUGGCGACACAAGCACUGGGAAGUCCUCCGUCCUCCAAGCCCUCACUCGACUCCCGUUCCCAGUCGCCCGUGAACUUUGCACCCGUUUUGUUACAGAGACCACGAUCCGCCGGUGCAGCCCUUCAGAAAGACCUGGUUACAUGGUCGAAGUGAAGAUGGACGGCUCUAGUUCAUCUCAGGCUGCACCUUUCUCACCCAAAAGCUUCGAAUCCGAUGAGUGGGUUGAGGUUUAUCAGCACUUGAGGGAGGACAUCGAUGACGCCUUCAAUAAGAUGAGUCCGACCCACCUGCUUCCGCCUGGAAUUUCCAAGAAUGGGGUGCACCCAAGGCAUGGGAUUAGCUCAACGGACCUGAGACCACUUCCGAUACCUCAGCUCCUAAAACAUAGAUUGCAGAUCACUGUACGCAAACCGAACCAGGCUCACUUCAGUAUUGUCGACAUCCCUGGGCUCAUCAGCAAUGGAGCGACAGUAGACAUCCAACUCUCAAUAGAAUUAGCACGUCAGUACAUCAAAAACGAACAAGCAAUUGUUCUUGCAACUACACCUGCAGAUGUUGUAAUUGUGAAUCAAAAGUGGCUCAAUUUGGUCACGGAAGAACACGCACUCGAUCGAACUAUUGGUGUCAUUACGAAAACUGACAGAAUCGAGGAAAUCAACCACGAAAGUACAUUCAAUUUGCUUAGAAAUCGCGUGGGUUCCGAGUAUCAUCUUAAACUCGGUUGGUUUGCUGUGAGAAAUCGCAAUCCCAAGGAGGUCAUAGACCGAGAAUCGUUCGAAGAACGAGACAGGAAGGAGGACGUAUUUUUUGGAGGCGGCAAAUGGAAAGAGGUCACCUUGAAUUUCCCCGCUUGGGACUCGAUUGACCCCAACGUUCUGGGAAUUCAGCGCUUGAAGCGUACUCUCCAAGGCUACCUCUACAAACGGGUAAAGGAAAAUUUUCCCGGUCUGAGAAUCAAGAUGAGAAGUCUUGAAGUUGAGUAUAAUAAUAAGAUCCAAAGUAUGGGCCUGCCGCGGGAUAAGCCACGGGAUCAACGAGUCUACUUGUCCGAGAUCCAAACGAUGUAUGAAGCAGAGGUCGGACGAUCCUUGAAUGGCGAGUAUCGUUUUGUGGACAACCCAAAUCAUCCGUCUCGUCUCAGAUAUCAUGUUAAGAGAUUCAACGAUGGGUUUGACUCUGCAAUGCGGCACAAUGCGAUCAAGUACCAGUGGCAGCUGAACGACCAAGACGAUGAGGCUGACGGAAUCGGAAUCUUGGGCUGGAUCAACAACACCUGGGACGCCCACAUUGGCUCAGAACCUCGUCACGACGCACCUCGAAGUCUCAAAAAGGCACUAGUCAAACUGCAAACUGAAUCUUGGGAAACAAAAACAAAUUUUUACAUCCAGCAGGUCGAAGGCGCCAUCAAAGCCUGCAACAACGAUCUGUUCGAAUUUGCAUGCAAGAAUGACGCCUUACGUCUCAAGAUCCGCGAGAAGCUCGAAGCGCGGGAAAUGAAAGCAUUCGAGGACGCCAAGGCUGAGCUCCACAACAUCCUCAGGGAUCGUGACUACAUCGACAGCUGGAAUCCUCAACUUGAGUUUUUCAUCCAGGAAUGCCAGCACCCUCGCAUAGAAAGACAAGUGAAGUUACAGCUAGCGGAGCAGAAAAAGGCUGCGGCAACCGAGGCAAACCCAUCUCAAGCAUCCCUGGAUCAGGUGUCAGCUCGCGCAUUAUUUUAUUUUAACAACAAGAGGGUCUAUGAAGUACACGACUGGCUGUAUGCAUACUGGAAAGUAGCGUAUCCGAGAUUCGUAGACAAUGUCAUUAUUCAGGUUGUUGAGAGGCAUCUGCUGGGUCCAAAUGGACCGCUGAGGCUGUUCAACCGGAACUGGGUUGAUAAAUUGGAGGAUGACGAACUCGAGGAGCUCGUGGGUGAAAAUGAAGAGACGAGGGCUGCGCGGAAGGAACUGAAGGAGCGGUUGGCUGGAUUGAAGAACGCGCUUGAGAAAGCCGACAUUGCUUUGCGCUCAAGGACUUGA